ACGCAUCAUAUGCAAAUGGUUGAAACAACGUCAUCGAUAGUUGCGCAUGCGUCUCCGCUAUCGCGAGGCAGAAGCGUGACCAGUCGGCCGGUCGGACCAACCGAAGCAAGGCAUACAGAUUUCCUCGCACGAUUAAUCGUUGCAACGAAUUCACUGCGUCGAAUCGUGUACGAAAAGUGAAACCGCUUCUACCAUCCAACAUCGAGCGAACCGACACUGUGUUGUUUUUAGAUAGGUAAAAGAUAAGUUCGCAGCGCGGUGGUUUUCCACGCGUUAGCAAGAAGAAGCUGGAAGAAAAAAUUUGCCAAAUAUGCGAAAUAUCCGUGCAAUGUCCGUACCUCAAAGACAAGAUACCAUGUCGCGAUCUACCAGUUUUCGCUUGUCGAACAAUAUCGAAGACGUGAUCGAAAAAUUUGAGUGUCUUCAGCUUCUACAGGGUCACAGUGCAGGAAAUCGACGUUUCGAUAUAAUCGAUCAAUCGAAAGAAGUACGCGAUCUAACCGAUCUCGAUCGACUCGAUGCUUAUCGUAAAAAACUCGGCGAAUAUAACUCGAGUUGUCAAAUAUUCAACAACAAUGUCGAGCUCAACCAAGAUCAAGACCAAGAUCGAGAUCGAGAUCGAGACCGAGACCGAGACCGAGACCGAGACCGAGACCGAGACCGAGAUCAAGACCAAGACGAUCUCAUUGAACGAGGACCAAUUAAAUCGCACUUUUCGCAAACACGCAAUCAACCGUAUCGAACAAGCGUUGUCCAACAGUUGCGGCACUCGGAAAAGAACGAUGCUUUUAUAAUCGAUUACGAUCAAACUGUGGAACAAAUUCUGCGUGACAAAGAGUGCCGCGAAAAAUUGAAUCCUUGUCUCGAUCAGUUGGAAAAAAGUUUGGAGAGGAUAAACUGCAGCUAUAAUGGUAACAGUAAGAAUGAAAAUACGUGGCAAGCGAGCAAUUUAAGGAGAGAUUUUUCUUCAACUCCUACGAACGUCGAAAAUAUUUUAAGCGACGACUUGUUAAAAAAGGUAUCAAGCGGAGCUUUUCAAGCGGCUCAGCACGUGACAGAGAAAAAUUUCCUUCGUUCGUGGGGAAGGACAGAAGAUUGCUUCGAUUCCUCUUUCGGCAAUGAUAAUACAACGUCCUUCAGUUCCGAGAGUCACGAAUUCAAUUCCCCUCGCUCGGCUAACUCCAAUUAUAUGACCAUUCGUGCACAAUUUUCGGAAAGGUCGGAAGAAAAUUUCAAUCACAGCCCAGUUGGCUCUCCUCGGGUCACCGUCGCACCGAUUUAUAGGCCGCCGCAGACAUCCUGUUCCUCCAGCUGCUCGUCUUCGUCUUCGAAUCAAUCGUACGGUGACACGCCUAGUCCGAAUAGUUGGUAUCAGACGGCAGUCGGUUCUCAAAGCGAAGAAGGUUUCUCUACCUGGUUUUCAUGUCACGAUCACGAGACUAUCUCGAGCAACGUGCAGGAUAACAUUGAAAAUAACGAAACGUGGUCGAAAAUAAUGGAAGAACUAGUAAGUAAUUUAGAAGGAGAAAAGACCAAAGUUGGAGUAACGGAUACGCAGCAAGAUUCCCUGAAAGCGGUAAACACCACGAAUUCGUGUACUUUUCAAACCAAUAAUUCUCAACAGACAAACCAAUUUCGAUACUCGUCAUCGUAUUCGAUACAAGAUAGUAAUAUCCUCGAGAAAGAGCCGCAAAGUAUUGAAACGACAAAUCUGAUCUCGAUCGAUUACGACGCACCUUUGCUUUCCAAUUAUCCAAAGGAUGAUAACGCAUACAGUAAUAUCGGUCAACGUUCGUCGGAAAAUAUAAACGACCAGUGCGAUCUUUCGUUGAUAUUUCAUUCGAUCGCUGAUCCUUCGCCAACUUUAGACACGCUCGUUAUUUCCACCGAUUUAAACUUUCACGAUAUUCAAACGAAGAAGCUAUCAACGGAUUACAAAGAUGACUGUCACAUACCCAAAAUGGUUGCUUCGUUCGAGACUUGGCCUCGGCAACCUUGCAAUUCCGAUCGAAAUAUAUUACCCUGGUCAUCGUUGAAUCUACCAUCUGUAAAGGCGAGCGAUAGAUUAAAAGAAAAAUUGAAUCCGAAAGAAGUGAAAAAAGCUAUGAUUAGCCUGCUGAAACGAUCGACGAAAGAGCUCGCCAAGCGAGAUAAAGAUGGAGACACGACGUUGAUGUGCCUGGUUGCCAAUCCUAACGAACUUACGCAGAAAAUGGCCUAUUUGGUACCGCUCGUAGAACGUCUCAGCACAAUUACCGGAGCACUAACCAUUAUAAAUAAUCGCGGUGAAGAUGCACUUUAUUUGGCGGCAUUGAAUUGUCCCCAAUUUCCCUUCGUUACAGGGUAUUUAGCCGCAACUAUGUUACAGAAAGAGAUCGACAUUACCCAACGAUUAUAUCAUACUCGGGGUGAUACACUGAUACAUUCAAUCGCGGCGCAAGGUGAUUCUCAUAAAGAAAUUCUAAGCGAAUUAUUAGCUUUAAAAACGACCCAAGGAAACAGGUUGUUCGAUCUGUCGAAACGUAACUACGAUGGUAGAACAGCUCUUCACGUUGCGAUCGAAUCGCAUGAACCGUUUACAAAAGGAAUCACAUCGUUAGAAACCGUUAAAUUACUAUUGAAAUACGGAGCUGAUCCUAAGAUCAAAGAAACAAAAUGCGGCGAUAAUGCGUUACAUAUGGCGGUUUCCUCGGAUUGCGAUCCUGUUCUCGUCAAGCUGUUACUGAAUAAUUGUGCUUCCGAUUUGGUAAACGCCAUCAACUACAAUCACGAUACAGCGUUACACAUGGCUGCAGCUAUAUCGGCCAACAUAUCUGCGGAAAGACAAACGGAAGUCUGCUGCUUACUGGUUCACGCCGGAGGGCAUACAAAUUUACCGAAUUGUGAAGGGAAACUACCACUAGAUCUCGUUACGCCCGAUAAGAAGCAAGCAAUCGGAAAUAUUCUUUUGCAAUGAAUCGUUUUGGAUAGCAUCGAAACGUCGUAUAUCAUUUCUUUUGUAUUUUCUUUGUUUCUUUCCCUCCCCCCCCUCUCUCUCUCUCUCUCUCUCUCUCUCUUUCUCUCUCUUUCUCUCCCCGUCCCUCUGCCCCUCGUGUAUCGUAAUGACGCAUGUAUGAAUCAUGAUGAUACUACCUCAUACCGUCCCAUAUCACCGUACAUUCUUAUCUAUUGUUUAUGUAUAUUCUAAAACCGAUUCUUAAUUCU